AUGAUCAGAAAAAGAGUUUUGACGGUUUUAGCUUUUGUGAUAGCAAUUUGCGUAUCUUUCCAGCUAAGACUUAUUUGGAGUACUCUUUCCUCCUUUUCUGAAAUUGUUCGUGCAGAACUAGAUGUCGAAAACCAUGUGAAGCGGAUACAAUUACGAGAACUGAAAAUGAAUCAAACGACAACUUCUACUACGCAAAUUAAUCACAAAUCAUUUCUUAUAACCAGGAGAUCUUGUAUGCAACAUUACGAUCUUCUUAUGAUUAUCGCAUCCGCACCAGGUAAUUCUGAAAGGAGGAAAAACAUUCGUAAGACAUGGGCAUUCGAAAGAUCCGCAAAACCAAGAUGGACGUCAGUUUUUCUGGUCGCUCAAACACGGGAUGAAACAGUUUCAAACGGGUUGCUUGACGAAGAUGAAGCUCAUAAAGACCUUGUACGAGCUAGCUAUUAUGACCACUACUGGAAUCAAACCCGAAAGAUACAAAUGGGCUUCGAAUGGGCAGUAACGUAUUGCGAUUUCUCGUUUCUUUUGAAGUUGGAUGACGACGUUUUCGUGCACGUUCCAAGAGUUCUCUCCUUCUUAAGCGCACCCACCACGCCAAAGAAGAUGUUUUACGCUGGCAAUCAUUACAGAAAUCCUGUUCCUUUUCGGGGAGGAAAGUGGAAGGUAACUUACGAGGAAUACAACAAGACAAGAUAUCCAGAUUUUUGCCCCGGUUUUGGAUACAUUUUAUCUCUCGACGUUGUGCGUGCAUUUGUCGACACUUUCUCUUCCUUGCCGUUCUUUAGACUGGACGAUGUUUAUGUUGGCAUGCUGGCGAGUAAGAACGGAAUAAAUAUCACCAACAAUGUGGGUUUUGAAGUAUUGCAUCCACCCCAAUAUGUAUGUGUUCCAACAAAAGAUACUUUAGUCAGGCAUGAUGUAGAGGAAGAGUGCCAAAUGAAAAUGUUUAACUUAGCCAUUUUCUCUCGGUAGCUCGAUGGCGUGGUUAGUACAUGCGUAUAUGUAGAUAAAUUAUUCAGUGAGUGAUGUUUCCCUGUUCAAUAUAUAUCCGUUGUACAUUUGAGUGCAGCCAUUUAAAGCUAUUUCUGUUUCGAAUGGGCGUUGCUCGAA